AUGUUAUUAGUGGGAUCUAGAGAAAAUUUGAACUUUAGUUCAGAAGUUUUUUUAAACCCUAGAUUCAUUUAAGAAUACAAAAUAAAUUAUUAAAAAGAUAUUAUGGAAAUUAAUGCAAUUGAAUUAAUUCCUAUUAAAUUACAGAAAAUGUUUGAUUUAGAAUAUUUAUUAAUUAUGGAUAGAAAAGAACAAGCCUAAGUAAAAUUGGUAGUAAUCAUAAAAACGAAAUUAUUAUGA